ACGGGAGCUUGCAGUGGAGUUAAAGCAACCCCUGUACGGUUGCAGCCGGCAGCUAUCACGCUUUCGGAGAGCGCCAUCCUUACCGUUGCAACCAUCUCUCUCUCUCCCGUACCUCGGCGUUGUAAUGUAAGGUAGAGCCGCGAUUUCCUCGACGCGCCUAGAAAUGAACUUACAAGAGCUAUCGGCGUACUUGGAGAGUAGGGAGGGCUUGUUGGCCUCGGGGAUCGGCUGGUCUCUUGUACUGUGCUUUGGAGCCGCGUAUGUCUGCUAUUAUCUCAGGACGAUCGCAAAGAAACCUCAGCUGAUAACUGGCAAUGAGAACUUCUGCCAAUUUCUGCAGGACCAAUGCCCAGUGUUAACGGAAAUAUACUAUCCCACUGUAUGGUGCUGGGAAGGCCAUUUGCAAACACUUCUACGCCCUUUCAUUACAUCUAAACCAAACGUGCAAUAUAGGAAUGAACUUAUUACAGCUACAGAUGGAGGACAGAUUUCCCUGGACUGGUUUGAUAAUCACAAUAGCAUACAGUACCCUGAUUCCAGCACCAGACCUACUAUCCUAUUGCUGCCUGGCCUCACAGGAACAAGCAAGGAAUCAUAUAUUCUUCAUAUGAUUCAACAGAGCAAAGCACUGGGAUACAGGUGUGUGGUUUUUAACUAUCGAGGAAUUGCUGGUGAAAAUCUCUUGACACCAAGAACAUACUGUGCUGCUAAUACAGAGGAUCUGGAAACAAUUAUUGAUUAUAUACAUAAGUUAUAUGCUUCAGCUGCAUUGAUGGCAGCAGGUGUUUCUCUGGGAGGCAUGCUUCUUUUAAACUAUUUGGGCAAAACUGGGAAAAAAACACCAUUAAAAGCAGCUCUAGUUUUUUCAGCAGGAUGGAAUGCUUUUGAAUCUGCAAAUUCACUGGAAAAACCAGUAAAUUGGCUUCUUUUUAAUUAUUAUUUAACCAGCUGCCUAAAGUCUUCAGUUACUAGACAUCGGCAAGUAUUUGAUAAACUAUUUAACAUGAACCUUGUAAUGAAGGCUAAGACUAUUAGGGAAUUUGACAAACAGUUUACCACAGUCAUGUUUGGCUAUCCUUCAGUUGAAGCUUACUAUGAAGAUGCCAGUCCAUGUCAUAAACUGAAGAAAAUAGGAAUUCCAGUGUUGUGCUUAAAUUCUCUGGAUGAUGCAUUCUCACCAAAUCAUGCUAUACCGGUGGAAAUUGCAAAACAAAAUACUAAUAUAGCUUUGAUCCUUACUUCCUAUGGAGGCCAUAUUGGUUUUCUUGAAGGACUGUGGCCAAGAAAGUGCACGUAUAUGGACAGAAUCUUCAAACAAUUUGUUCAAGCAGUGUUUGAGCAUGGGAGAAAAAUUGUUACUCUUUAGAAAUUUAUCCAAAUGAUGGUUGCAGCACAGUGUCAGAGUAUAAUUAAUUUCAAUGCACAUACUUAACACUUAAUCAACCAGAAAAUGAAAAUCCAUGAUUCAGAGCAAAAUAUAAUUUUGCUUAAAUAUUUUUGCAGUAUUAUUGUUUUUAUUGUAUGCCUUUUAAAAUAUAAUUAAAAGCACUCAUAAAAUUGCACUUAUCUAAAAUAAUUAGAUAUUACUCAGGUGUUUUAAUUUCAAUAAUUCAAAUGUAGGAAUCAGACAUUUGAUUACUUGUUCUAAUGCACUUUAUGUUCACAAAUAUGUGAGAGCACAGGAACAGCUUCUAUGUGGGCACAGGCAAUGACUAGGAAAUGCUAAAUACAUAUUUUAAAAGUAAUAAAAAUAGCAGUUCAAGAAGCCAUAGAUUGUAGCAGUUAUUGAAUUUUGCGUCUGUUACACAAUUACAUUGUCAACUCUAUGUUUAAAUAUUUCAUUUUAAGUUGUUCUAGGUAUCUUAUUUUUAAAAUUGUUAUUAAAUUAUACCAUUUAUAUUUAUACUAGGUCUUUUAUCUUAAAAUGCAGAACAUAAAUAAACCGCUUUU